GUGUGACUUGCAACAGGCGGAGCUUAAACUUUAGGGACCUUGUUCUAAAACUCGCAGCUUUUUUUUUCUCACUGUGGAGACAGGAGCUACCGGUUGUCUAGGACCACUACUUUCAAGAUUAACGGAAAGUAGCCAACAAGAUGGUCUUUGUCAAGUUUACAUGCGCAAUCAUUACUAGAGCGUUGUUUAUCCUGGUCUCCCUGGCCGGGGUGUGGAGGGUGACAUGGGUGAAGAAGCAAGAUUAUAGGUACUGGCUCCUGACUUUCCUCUUUCUACCGCUUGUCGUUGAAAUGAUAAUUACACUGAAGAGGCGACAGGGAAAAGACUACAAAUGGUUUUCUCCUCCUAUCUUUCUGUUUCUCAUCAGUAUCAUUCCCUCCAUCUGGCUCCUGGAGCUUCAUCACCAGCAGGAUCAAGUCAACGAGGCUCAUUGCAAAAAGCUCGACUCUUGGGAGAAUGUACGUGAAGUGAUCACUCUGAACCAGACCAUGAGGAACAACACAUCAUACCAGAACUACCUGAAGAUUAUACAGAAUAUGAAGGGCAAAACUUCCAAUGACUGGAUCCUGGCUCUUCAUCAGGUCCUGCUCAUCCUCCUCAUCUUGGGGAAAUGGCUGCUGCCCCUGGGAGGUGGAGUCACCCGUGAAGAGCUCUCCCAGCUUCUCCUAAUUUUUGUUGGCACAGCAGCAGACAUCCUGGAAUUUACUAGUGAGACACUAUCAGAUGUCAAGGAGAAAAGUCCUCAGCUGGUCUAUGUCAUCUUAGGUGUAUGGACCUGGAGCAUGUUGCAGUUCCCCCUGCAUGUGGCUGUGGUGAACUCCAAGCCAGGCAAUCAGAGUGAGCAGGGUGUCCAAGAGACGUCCCUCUGGACUAAACACAGCAGAGAUGUGUGGAGCAUCAUGGAGGCCUUGUUCAUUCAGGACGGGCCUUUUCUGGUUGUCAGGCUCACCGUCAUGACCUACUUUGGCGUCUUCCACCAGAUGCUAGGCUUCUUCGCCAUUAAGAACUUACUCGUGGUCAUACUGAACGUGUACAGGUUGACUGUGAUAUGCCUGGAUUCCAGAAGGUAUUCCAGAAGUAGCACCCGCAGGGAAACUGUUGUCCCAUGAGCUGGAUGAGUGAGCAAAGAGGAAAAAUGGGAUCUAGGGACAGGGAGAGAUGUUACACCCAUUGUUUACACAUUGUUUUACAGUUUUAGUAGCCUGGUAAAAUCUGCAGUAGAUGCAGGAAAAGAAGAAUGACUAAAGGCUGAUUUUAGUUAUUGAUAAAGUGGCCUUACUGGGCAUGAUGUGAUGUUAAAAUAAAAGCUGCCAAAGGACACAAAGGACACAAAGGAAAGAAAGGAAACAGAGCACAACAGGAAAAGGCGUGGGAGUCCAAGAGAAAACUGACCACAUGCAAACAGACAUUACAUCGCUAUGCAUGUCAGCACAAUACCAUGUAUGACAGUAGUCCUAAAGCACACCUCAGUUUUAAUUCUGCCCGGUUCUUUUGUCUGAAGGCCCCAAGAAGUAACACUCAGGAAACAGGAAUCAGCUCUAAGUA